UUCUUUAUGCAUUCGCUGAAGUAAGUUACGAAAAAUGACUUGAUAUUUCCAUUUAAAAUGUACAAAAUAUAUCUUAUAAUUUUUGCAUUUAGUUGUAUCAACGCAGACGAAGAUGAGAGUAAUGAAAAGUAUAUUGAUCUGCUGCCAGAAGAGGAGAAAGAGGAAUUUCUUAAUCGUAUUGCUAGAAGGAUUCUAGAGGAUGUCAACAGUCGUGAUACGCCAAACGAAUCCCAUGCUGAAAUUAAUGAUGAUCAGCUUAAUGCGCAGAACGCUUAUGUUAACGAUAUCAUUAAGGAAGAAUCUAAAAAUUUAUAUGAUGAACGACGUGAUAAUAAGGAUGAUGAGAAGAAAAAAACCGAUCGAGGCGAUGAAAUGGCUGAUGACCGAUAUAUAGAUCUCACAUUGCGUACAAAGGAUAUAGUAAAUGACAGUGAGUCCGAGAAACAUUCGGACGGACAAAGUGGAUUUAAUGUUAUACCCGUCAAAACUAUAUACGAUGAUGAAAAUGUUGGUGAUGGUGAUAAAAUUAUUAUAGUUCCUCAAUCACUUAUAAAUUCUAGUUCCACUGAUGAUAAAAAUAGACCCGUAUUUAUAACAAAUUUGGAAAACGAUUUGAUCACAUCUGAUAAUAUUAAAAAUAAUAACGAAGACUUAAAAGGUAUUCGUAAAUCAUAUGAUACAAAUCUAUUGUUUCGUACAACAAUGCCUGAUUAUGAUUCAAAUUCUGACGAAAAUAAAUCUGUCGCUGACAACGAUACAACAUACGACUCUACAAUCCAACCAGAUACCAAGGAGGUAUUGACCACAACAGAAUCUACUAGCGAAGUGAAUUGGCCAUCAACUCAGAAAAUUUAUGACAGUGAAAUUGAUAACUCCGAAAGCCAAAGCUCUGAGGGCGAAGAAACUACAACAUCAAGUUAUUCAACUACAUUAAAAGACGAAAAACCAUCAAGCACUACUUCUAAAUAUAAUUCGACCGAUACUAACACUUAUAAACAAGAAAAUAUAAGUUCAACUACACCCGAAACUACAUUAAACGUUAGCGAUGCAAGUGAUAAUACUACAGUUAAUAGAAAUUCGGUUGUACGUUCUGGAAACAUGGAGUUAAAACAGACGACAAUGAACCGAGAAUUUGACAAAAUUAAUGGCUCGGUGUUAAAUGCGUCCCAAGAAAGUGCAGAUUCAGAAAAUAAAACUCUCAUAGAUAUAACAACUGUUACAACUGCAACCGAAUUUAGUGCUGGAAGCCAUGUGUCAGAAAAAAGAAAUAUUCAUUCGUAUGAGCAUGGAGACAAAGAUGUAGAUCUGAACUCAAAAGACACCCAAUUGCUGCGUGAAAGUCGAACUUCAGAAGAAAUCCAAUAUGAAGAAAAGCCUCCAGAAAGAAUUGAUUUAAAAUCCAAAAAGAAAGAGUAUGAAGUGUUUGAAAUAGAACCAGAAAAACCAUCGUUUGUGAAAAAAUCUAUGGAGGAAGAUAAUCAGAAUGAAAUACCUUUAUACGUCGUUCCUGUGUACAAUUAUGAUCCAGAAAAAGCAUAUUUCACGCCACGCAGUCGACCUGAGCCCUACAAAGAAGACAAAUAUAACGACGACAUAAAUUACGAAACGUUUGAAGAUAGUGAGGAUGACGGACAAACAAUGAAAGUAGAUUUACCAAUUGGGAGAAGCAUAUUUUCAGGAUACAAGAAACGAAAUUCAGAUCAAUAUAAAAGAAACAAAGAGAAUCACGUACUGAAAUAUCAGAAGCAAAACACAAAACCAGCGAAAAAAGUUCAAUACCAUAACAUAUACUAUAAACCAAAUGAUUACCUGGAUUUGGACUAUUACUUUGGCAGAUCAAACAGACACCAAGCGAGGAGCGGGCACAAGAAACAAUUAAAAAAGGAUAAGGUAUUCCCCGAUUCAAACGAAAGAGACCAUCCCUAUAACAGUCUACAAAAUGAUGAUUCAAUAAAGGAUCACAUCGGAGCUGUGAGAAAGAUUUUGCAUCUUAAACAGAUAUAUGAGAACGUACCAGAAAUUCAAAAGCAGAAAACCUUAAAUGUCGGCAGGAAAAAAGCCAAAUCUGUGGAUAGUAUGGGUGCAAAAAAAAUAAUUAAAAAUGACGCUGACAGUAUAUCUUUAGAUUACUAUUUUGGCUUUAAUUCCAAACCGGAUGACGUAAAUGUGGGGAGGUCAGAUAGAUCGAAAACAGUGGAAUCCAGUAAAAGCAACGACAAAAAUAACGUUCACGAUGAAAUUUAUUCUAUACUUGAAGUAUUAAAAGAUUCAAUAAGGUUUAAAAAUGAGGCCCUAUUGAAUUAUGACUGGCUAGAAACUACAGUGGAUAUACUGACAGGUGUGGAAAGGCUUUUUGAAUUGACGAAUGAAUUGCAAUUCGGUAAUGACAUGUACCCAAAAGAUUUGGAGCUGUUAAAGUACACUCUUUAUCUAUACAAAACAUCUGUCGAUGCGUUCAAUCGCCAAAAGGAUAUAGACGACAAAUAUAGUGAAGACGGAGAGGUUAAACGUAAGAGGGGACUUUUGCCAAAAAAUAAAUACAAAAACAAAAUUAAACAGCCAUUGAAGUUGUGGAAAGAUGUCGCUAAGUUCAUUAGGAAUAAAACCAGUGAGCCACUGAAGCUGCUUUACGAUUUCGAGGACUUCCUGCAGAAAAUACUUUACUACUUACACGAUUUCCAUGACGCUAUAAAACACGUCGCGAUCAUAACGAAGUAUAAGGAACAGAUGUGGUUCGAAGAUCUGAAAAAGAUUUACCUGGACGACGCCAGUGAUAAAAAUUUGCUCAAAGUUCUACUCCACUUAGGCGUUUCAAGAUUAUUAAAUAAUAUAGACGAGAACGCCUCGUACGGCGUAGAAAAUAAUUAUAGGGAAUACAUAAAAAAAUACUAUAAUUACGUUGAAAUAAGUAAAGAAGGAUUUCUCUUUGUUCUUAAUAUACUUAACGAGUUGAAACAAUUUAAGUAAU